CCGCCGGCGGGGCUCUCGCCGAAGCUGGCGGAGCUGGGCCGGGCGGGGGGCGGCGGCGGCGGGGCCGGGAUGAUGCGCACCCAGUGCCUGCUGGGGCUCCGCACCUUCGUGGCCUUCGCCACCAAGCUCUGGAGCUUCCUGCUGUACAUGCUGCGGCGGCAGGUCCGCACUGUGAUCCAGUACCAGACGGUGCGCUACGACGUGCUGCCGCUGUCGCCCGUCUCCCGCAACCGCCUCAACCAGGUGAAAAGGAAGAUUCUGGUGCUGGACCUGGACGAAACCCUGAUCCACUCCCACCAUGAUGGUGUGCUGCGGCCCACUGUGCGCCCAGGGACCCCUCCCGACUUCAUCCUCAAGGUCGUCAUCGACAAACACCCCGUCCGCUUUUUUGUACAUAAGAGACCCCAUGUGGACUUCUUCCUGGAGGUGGUGAGCCAGUGGUACGAGUUGGUGGUGUUCACGGCCAGCAUGGAGAUCUACGGCUCGGCCGUGGCCGACAAGCUGGACAACAACCGCAGCAUCCUCAACCGGCGCUACUACCGGCAGCAUUGCACCCUGGAGCUGGGCAGCUACAUCAAGGACCUGUCGGUGGUACACAGCGACCUCUCCAGCAUCGUCAUCCUUGACAACUCCCCAGGGGCUUACAGGAGCCACCCAGGUAGGUCCCAGGUGUCCAGCCUGGCCGCCCCUCACUGCUGUGCUUCAGAUAACGCCAUCCCCAUCAAGUCGUGGUUCAGCGACCCUAGCGACACGGCGCUGCUCAACCUGCUGCCCAUGCUGGACGCCUUGAGGUUCACCGCCGAUGUCCGCUCAGUCCUGAGCCGCAACCUGCACCAGCACCGGCUGUGGUGACGGCAGCCCCUGCCACCCCGCCAUGCGGGGGCCUGGCCCGGCCCCCCCAACGCCGGCCCCGUGUAGGGGCGGAGCCUGCAGGAGGGGGUGGAGCUUCCCCUACAGGGAGGAGCGUGAAAACCGCCUGCCCUGGAUCGUGGAGCCCGCUGGGCGCGGACGAAGUGGGGGCUAAUGACAGUGCUGGCUGCGCAACCCCCUCCCAGCUGGAUGCACGGACAUGGACGCACGGGCAGUGCUGGCCCCAGCCUCUUAUUUUUAAAAGACCUUGGUCCCACA